GAGCGUGAGAAGGGCCGGCUGCCGGAGCUGGGUUGCGAUCUUCCCGGAGCCGGAGACCCUCCCUCGAAACCGGCACUGGGACUUCUUGAUCUCUGGAGGCACCUGUUGCAAGUGACAGCGCUCGGCCGUCGAGCGGGGUCGCUAACCCGCACUCUCUUCGGACCUCCGACAUCGCGGCUUCUCUGGCGUUGGCCAGUCAGCCACAGGGAACUAGUAAAAAAAGAAAAAGAAAAAAUAAAGUGAAAGAGGCGUGUUGUCUAGUUUCAAAGGAGAGGAGAGAAGAGACUGAGUCGCCCUGUGUUGCCCAGGCUGGUCUUGAACUCCUAGGCUCAAGAGAUCCUCCUGCCUCAGCCUCCCAAAGUGCUGGGAUUACAGGCAACUCUGGUAGCUCUCCUUGUCUGGUUGUUUUGAAGAAAGAAGAGUAGAAGAAAAAGUUGAGUAAAUCAUGUCGGAGUUACUGGACCUUUCUUUUCUGUCUGAGGAGGAAAAGGAUUUGAUUCUCAGUGUUCUACAGCGAGAUGAGGAGGUCCGGAAAGCAGAUGAGAAAAGGAUUAGGCGACUAAAGAAUGAGUUACUGGAGAUAAAAAGGAAAGGGGCCAAGAGGGGCAGCCAACACUACAGUGAUCGGACCUGUGCCCGGUGCCAGGAGAGCCUGGGCCGUUUGAGUCCCAAAACCAAUACUUGUCGGGGUUGUAAUCACCUGGUGUGUCGGGACUGCCGCAUACAGGAAAGCAAUGGUACCUGGAGGUGCAAGGUGUGCGCCAAGGAAAUAGAGUUGAAGAAAGCAACUGGGGACUGGUUUUAUGACCAGAAAGUGAAUCGCUUUGCUUACCGCACAGGUAGUGAGAUAAUCAGGAUGUCCCUGCGCCACAAACCUGCAGUGAGUAAAAGAGAGACAGUGGGACAGUCCCUCCUUCAUCAGACACAGAUGGGUGACAUCUGGCCAGGCAGAAAGAUCAUUCAGGAGCGGCAGAAGGAGCCCAGUGUGCUAUUUGAAGUGCCAAAGCUGAAAAGUGGAAAGAGUGCAUUGGAAGCUGAGAGUGAGAGUCUGGAUAGCUUCACAGCUGACUCGGAUAGCACCUCCAGGAGAGACUCUCUGGAUAAAUCUGGCCUCUUUCCAGAAUGGAAGAAGAUGUCUGCUCCCAAAUCUCAAGUAGAAAAGGAAACUCAGCCUGGAGGUCAAAAUGUGGUAUUUGUGGAUGAGGGUGAGAUGAUAUUUAAGAAGAACACCAGAAAAAUCCUCAGGCCUUCAGAGUACACUAAAUCUGUGAUAGAUCUUCGCCCAGAAGAUGUGGUACAUGAAAGUGGCUCCUUGGGAGACAGAAGCAAAUCCGUCCCAGGCCUCAAUGUGGAUAUGGAAGAGGAAGAAGAAGAAGAAGAAGACAUUGACCACCUAGUGAAGUUACAUCGCCAGAAGCUAGCCAGAAGCAGCAUGCAAAGUGGCUCCUCCAUGAGUACGAUCGGCAGCAUGAUGAGCAUCUACAGUGAAGCUGGUGAUUUCGGGAACAUCUUUGUGACUGGCAGGAUUGCCUUUUCCCUGAAGUAUGAGCAGCAAACCCAGAGUCUGGUUGUCCAUGUGAAGGAGUGCCAUCAGCUGGCCUAUGCUGAUGAAGCCAAGAAGCGCUCUAACCCAUAUGUGAAGACUUACCUUCUGCCUGACAAGUCCCGCCAAGGAAAAAGAAAAACCAGCAUCAAGCGGGACACUAUUAAUCCACUAUAUGAUGAGACGCUGAGGUAUGAGAUCCCAGAAUCUCUCCUGGCCCAGAGGACCCUGCAGUUCUCAGUUUGGCAUCAUGGUCGUUUUGGCAGAAACACUUUCCUUGGAGAGGCAGAGAUCCAGAUGGAUUCCUGGAAGCUUGAUAAGAAACUGGAUCAUUGCCUCCCUUUACAUGGAAAGAUCAGUGCUGAGUCCCCGACUGGCUUGCCAUCACACAAAGGCGAGUUGGUGGUUUCAUUGAAAUACAUCCCAGCCUCCAAAACCCCUGUUGGAGGUGACCGGAAAAAGAGUAAAGGUGGGGAAGGGGGAGAGCUCCAGGUGUGGAUCAAAGAAGCCAAGAACUUGACGGCUGCCAAAGCAGGAGGGACUUCAGACAGCUUUGUCAAGGGAUACCUCCUUCCCAUGAGGAACAAGGCCAGUAAACGUAAAACUCCUGUGAUGAAGAAGACCCUGAAUCCUCACUACAACCAUACAUUUGUCUACAAUGGUGUGAGGCUGGAAGAUCUACAGCAUAUGUGCCUGGAACUGACUGUGUGGGACCGGGAGCCCCUGGCCAGCAAUGACUUCCUGGGAGGGGUCAGGCUGGGUGUUGGCACUGGGAUCAGUAAUGGGGAAGUGGUGGACUGGAUGGACUCGACUGGGGAAGAAGUGAGCCUGUGGCAGAAGAUGCGACAGUACCCAGGGUCUUGGGCAGAAGGGACUCUGCAGCUCCGUUCCUCAAUGGCCAAGCAGAAGCUGGGUUUAUGAGUCCCUGUCCUCUUCUGCAGGUCCAGCCCUGGCGAGGGCAGGUCAGAGGAAGUGAAGAAAUCAAGAGCAAAGAUUUAUAAUUUAAUGUGUAUGUGUGUGUGUGUGUGUGUGUGUGUGUGUGUGUGUGUGUGUGUGUGUAUGUGUACAAACAUGUAUUUUCUGCAAAUCUCAUUAUGCUGGCUAGAGUGAUGCAGACUUGUUCUUCUUUUUAAAGCAGUCUCAAGAAUAAGCAUUUCUUUAAAAUGUUUCUGUGUAUAAUCUAGUUUAUUUUCAGAGUCCAUUUUUUCUUAUGUCUUUAUAAGGUUUACUUAACUUAAAAACAGCUUUUAAAACAACUUUUUAUCUUCUGUCUUGCUAUCAUUGUUCCUACUUCCCUAGGAAGCCCUGGCUACCUUUCGCAUUAGGACCAGUCUGGGUUUUAAGGCUCUGGGAAGCAGGGUUGGUUAGUAAAGACAGGAAUGUGGGGGAGAGGUGAGUAGUUCCUUCCUCUUUCUCCUCUCCAAUUUAUGCUUUUAACUUAUUUUCUACCUGGAUAAACUUCUGGAACUUGGCUUUUAAAUUUAACUUUUCUAGUUUUUAAGCAGUUUCCACCUUGCUUUGGUCUAAUGCUUUUCUUUGAAAUGCUAACAGAAUUCCCAAGCUUUUUCCAGUUCUAGAUAUCUUUACUAGACCUUUGGGGGACUCUUAUAAUGGAGCUGCUUUCGAAAAGCACUUUAAUUAGAUAAUGUAUUUUGACUAAAUCACGAGGAUGCCCAGUGAGAGCUUCUAGCUGAUCUCAGAGGACCAGAGUGACUGAGGGUAAAGUGUCUCACAGCCCAUGCUGAAUUUUCUGCAUUUUAAACUGAUACUGCAGUCAUUGGAGAGAGAGCUCCUCAUUUCUCGAAUGAAAGAUGAGAUAUAUUCAUCCUCAUGUACCACAUCUGUCUUAGUGUUUGCGUCUGGGGUGUGUUAUCAAACAGAGCAUGGUCUACAUCCCACUGUGUCAACCAGAAUAACCAAGUGUUAUCUCAAUUGGCCCAGUGUUUCUCCAGGCUGGGGACUGUUAAGGGCUCUAAGGGAAUGUAGACAGAGUCUCCCUGUUAUUCUGACUUCCUGCUUGAUGAGCUUUCAGUUCCUGUUUUUGCUAUUGUUUCCCAAAUUUGACCUACAUAUUACAUGGGUGUAGUGUGUUGAGGCUUUUCAAAGAAGGGUCUAGUGAGCUAAGUUUCAUCUUCUGGUAUUCAUUGAUCCAAACUGACCUUUCUAUUCUCAUAAGCGUUUCUACCCAAAGUUGUGUGUGGAAGGAGUGUAUAGCAGAGAGGAAAUCCCUUUCAACAGAGUCAGCUGCUAACUGAUUUCCUAUAAGCACACUGGAUUAAGGGCAGCUACAGUGGUUUCUACUGUAUGUAUGAACCGAAUGGAGGAAUGUUUUCAAAGAUUGAUUUGGUGUGGAUUGCAAUUGUAAUGGAAGGCGUAACUUGGGAUCCCGGGCUGUAACUUGCUCUUUUGUUUCCCACCCCCCUGACAUGUAUGUGUGCUUUAAUAAAGCUUUCUCACUUGUCAAA